AUGGCUGGCUUGAGCCGUGAUCAACCCCUCAUGCCUGGCACUUUUGGGCCUGAAGAUUAUAUUGAUUUUUAUGAUAAUCCUCUCGGAACUCUUGAAAAACUGGAAUUAGCGUGGAAGGAACGAGAACCAAGAGUUUCUUGGUCGGUCAACAACUUACCCAGUCUUGAUAUUGUUGAUCUUGACUGGCAUAAAUACGACCCGCCUGGAGCCUUGAGAAAAGCUCCCAAUAUUACAUCUCAGGUACUACUCAACAUACUUCACUCGUCACUCGAAAAUGUCAAGACAAGAACUUUCGAAGAAGAUCGCCAGAAGGAAGAGCUCGAACAGCAAAGAAAGCUUGAGGAGAAUGACAAGGGGAAAAGCAAAGAACCUUAUCUACCUGUCAUCAUACCUACCGAGAUUCAUGUCGAAGAAAAGGAAAGCAUUGCUCAAACUCCGCCCAAGAUCCGGCCCAAGAUACUCAUGACUACUUUUGGCCCCAGCAUUGUCACCAAUACCGAUGCAAAAGCCAACAAAAGGCGUAUCUUCGCGCUUCGUCGUUUCUUUCAGCGCAGCAAUGAGAAAGGCGAAAGUAGCGCCACAGGUGCAGCCCUUGCUGUGUUGCGAGAAGAAGCCGCAGACGUCGAGCGCAACAGAGAAGUCCUUGGCCUUUUAACAAAGUCCAGUUCUGUUGAACUAGUCGAAUGUGUAUCUUGUCUAGACGACUUCCAUCCUAAGGAUGUUGUCAAAGUGCCUUGCCAUAGCUAUUGUCAUGAUUGUUUUGUUCGCCUUGUUUCUACAGCAUGCCAGAACGAGCAACAGUGGCCACCGAAAUGCUGCCUGAACGAAAUCUCGUUCAAGACCAUUUUACGAUUCAUUCCUUCAAACCUCAAAAAGACUGUUGAGGAUCGAUCGAAAGAAUGGGAGCUCCCCAUCAGCGAUCGAGUUUACUGCAGUGACCCAAACUGCAGCCUUUGGAUCAAGCCCAAGCGUAUCGACCCUGGCCGGCGGCAAGGUCUCUGUGAUAGAUCUCAUCUAACAUGUACAUUGUGUCGCGGACCUGCUCAUGCAGGAGAGGAGUGUCCCCAGGAUGCUGAUAUGAACCUCACCAACCAGUUGGCUGAAGAUGAGGGCUGGAAGCGAUGCUUUAACUGCAAUGCUUUGGUUGAGCACAGAGAAGCUUGUCAACACAUGACUUGCAGAUGUGGAACGCAGUUCUGCUAUGUCUGUAGCAGUCGAUGGCGAACUUGCACCUGCACAAUGGAGAAUCUUCAAGCAGUCAAAGAUGGAGCUGCUGCUCGACGAGAAGAGAGACGGGUCAAUGAGUUAGCAGAGGCUGAAGAAUUACGGCAAGCACUCUUGCAGGUUGAGGAGUACGAGCGUGAGGAAGCUCUCAAGGCUGAGCUGCUACGGCAAGAACAGGAAAGAUUAGAGGAAGAACGCCGACAGCGUGAGCUCGAAGAAAGAGUACGGCAGGAGAGUAUACGCAGAAGGGAUAUCGAGAUUAAGUAUCAAGAGCUGCGGAUCUUACUCGACCAGUUACAUGAGUUGCAACAAGUGCUAUUGGAAGUCGACCAAGAAAAGGAGGCCGAGAUCAUGAUCAUUGAUACUGAAACUGCGAAGAAUGACUUGGUAAGGAAGCAAGAAAUGGAACGAUCUGACCUGGAAACUCGCAUAUCUGCCAAGAUGGCUGAGAAGGAACAAGCAUUGAACAAAGACUUCCAAGUUCGAGCAGCUGAGGAGAACAUACUCGAAGAAGCCUACAACGAAAGGCUUCAAGCAUAUUGGAAGGAUAAGAAGGAUGGCGAACAAGAGAUUGAGGCCGCGAUGCUCUCUCUGAGAAAGGGUAUGGACCAGAAACAUCACGCGUGGCAGAAGUGGAAGACCGAGCAACUCAUGGCCUUCAGAGCCAAACUCGAGGACAACAAGACCUACCGAGAGGAGCUCAUGUAUAGUACCAAGCACCGACUUGACGACUCGUGCAAAGAGAAGGAAGCCGAGAUGACUAGACGUAUGGCUGCCGAGAAGAAGUGGCUAGAGGUUGUGAUUCUGGAGAGAGAGAGGCUGCUGGGCGAGUGGGAGGUCCAGGAGGUGGAAGGCGAUGCUGAUAGCAUAUUUGCACCAGAGUCGGAUGAUUCUGCGGGCAAUCACUAUGUUCUAGCGACCACAUCCUAA